UGGUGAAUUGUAACCAUACAAACAUGCACACACACUGUGUAUACUUGUGCAGUGUGCAGUAAAACAUGAUAGGAGGACUUUAACACACUGAUAUAGGGAUUUUUCUCACACUGGACAUGGUUAUCUGAUAUUUUAUGGCUUCGGGGUCUACAUGCUAAGACUAUAAAACACACACGCACACAGUAAGCCGUUAAAGAGGGGUGAACUCGCUACGACCACAAUACAUGACCACAAUACAUCCCGUGCAUUAUAAGGCUCUAUCUCACUUGAACUCAGAAGCACUUUGUUUUCAACUGUGGAGAGAGCAAAGAUGGGGAAAAGGCAUUUCUCAGGUUUGGAGGUGAGCCUCAUGGUCAUGUUCGUACUGAUGUCUGUGGUAGCCAUCGCUCUCAUUGUUCUGUUUGUCAUCGAGGAACCUGGGACAGAAGGAACUACAACAGACCCAUUCGUUCCUCAGUGUCCAAAUAUUUCCCUGGCUGAAAGAGUGGACUGUUUCCCUGAUGCAGGAGCCUCAAAGCUACAAUGUGAACAACGUGGAUGUUGCUGGGCUCCCCUGGAUGAGAGAAAUGUUCCUUGGUGUUUCUUCUCAACCAACCACGGUUACACAGCGGAAUCAGUGGAGCAGCCGAAUCCUUUUGUGAUGAAAGCCCAGCUGAAGAGAAUGGCCUCUCCUUCGUUGUUUGGGAAUGAUAUACAAGAGCUGUCAUUUCACGCUGAAAUGCAGUCAGACAACCGACUCAGAUUUAAGAUCUAUGAUGCCAACAAGCAGAGGUUUGAGGUCCCGCAUGAACACACCAGCAGCCUCAGGAGUGAGCCAUCCAGCCCCAUCCACCACACAUUUGAGCUCUCACAGAAACCCUUUGGCCUUACUGUGCGCAGGAAGGAGAACAAGAAAGUGCUGUUUGACACUACGAUGGCUCCUCUGGUGUUUGCAGACCAGUACCUACAGCUGUCUGCUAAGCUUCCAUCCCAUAACAUUUAUGGCCUGGGAGAGCAUGUGCACCAACAGUAUCGCCAUGACACAAACUGGAGAACUUGGCCCAUCUUUACUAGAGAUGCUUUUCCUAAUGGGGGAACACAUAACCUCUAUGGACACUAUCCUUUUUUCCUCUGUUUGGAGGAUGAGAGCGGAAAAUCAUUCGGGGUCUUCCUUAUGAACAGCAAUGCCAUGGAGGUGACCUUGCAGCCCGCUCCAGCUGUGACCUACAGGACAAUUGGAGGAAUCCUUGACUUUUACAUUCUCUUUGGGGACACACCAGAACAAGUGGUGCAGGAGUUCCUUGAGCUCAUUGGCAAGCCCGUCAUUCCUCCCUACUGGUCUCUGGGGUUCCAGCUUUCUCGGUGGGACUACGGCAGCCUGAGUGAGGUCAAGAAAACUGUGGAGAGGAACCGCGCCGUGAGCCUCCCAUACGACAUUCAGUACACUGACAUAGACUACAUGGAGGAUAAGAAAGAUUUCACCUACGACAAAGUCAAAUUCAGCGAGCUUCCUCAGUUUGCUGACUACCUCCAUCAGAAGGGGCAGAGAUACAUCCUCAUCCUGGAUCCUGCGAUAGCUACCAGUAAGAGAGUAGGGAAUGCCCCAUAUGGCUCCUACGACCGUGGGAAUGAGAAGAAAGCCUGGGUAACUGAAUCAGAUGGGGAAACUCCUUUGUUGGGCGAGGUGUGGCCGGGAGAGACAGUGUUCCCAGACUACACCAGCCAAAACUGCAUUGACUGGUGGGUUGAUGAGUACGAGCGUUUCUCCAGGGAGAUCAAACACGAUGCCCUCUGGAUUGACAUGAAUGAGGUGGCCAGCUUCCAGAAAGGAUCGACCAAGGGCUGUGCGGAUAACAAUCUCAACUACCCUCCCUACACUCCAAGGAUUCUGGAUGAGGUGAUGUACAGUAAGACUCUGUGUAUGGAUGCCAAGCAGGCCUGGGGGAACCACUAUGAUGUCCACAGUCUGUAUGGCUACUCUAUGGUGCUGGCGACUGAGAAAGCUCUGCAGAGAGUGUUCGGAGGAAACCGUACCCUGAUGUUGACCCGCUCCUCCUUCCCAGGUGUGGGAAAAUAUUCGGGUCACUGGCUGGGGGACAAUGCCGCCAACUGGAACGACAUAAAAUGGGCCAUCCCUGGCAUGCUCGAGUUUGGGCUGUUUGGGGUUCCCUAUAUUGGAGCUGACAUCUGCGGAUUCUUUGACGACUCCAGUGAGGAGUUGUGCCGUCGCUGGAUGCAGGUGGGAGCCUUCUAUCCCUUCAGUCGGAACCACAACGCUCAGGGCUAUAAGCCCCAGGAUCCAGCUGAGUUUGGCGCUGGUUCAAUGCUGGUGGAGAGCUCCAAACAUUACCUGAGGAUACGUUACACACUCCUGCCUUACCUCUACACGCUCUUCUACAAAGCCCACACCACAGGAGAGACUGUUGUACGUCCUGUCAUGCACGAGUUCUACUCUGACAGCACCACCUGGACUGUGGAUCGGCAGUUCCUCUGGGGAAAACACCUGCUCAUCACACCUGUACUGGACCCGGGUGUGGACAAGUUGCGUGCCUAUGUACCAGAUGCUGUGUGGUACGACUAUGAGACGAUGGAGCGAUUGGCAGACCGUAGAAUGCAUGUCGAUAUGCAUCUACCAGGCGACAAGCUUGGUUUACACAUCAGAGGUGGUGCUGUCCUCCCUACACAGGAACCUGCUGUCACCACCACAGACAGUCGGCGAAACCCCAUGGGCUUGAUCGUUGCUCUUGAUGACAACAACAAGGCAGCUGGGGAGCUAUUCUGGGAUGAUGGAGAUUCCCGAGAAACAGUCAAAGCAGGAAACCACAUCCACUACACGUUCUCUGUUGACUAUGGAGUUUUGACAAUGAAGGUGACCAAUGCUGGCUACAAGGACCCAAACAACCUUAAGUUUGAGAACAUUACCAUCCUUGGGGUGCCUAAUCCUCCCCUGUACGCCAAUGUGACUCACAUUGGCACUGGAACACUUGGGAAAUCUAUCAGGGUGGUGCCCAACAGCAACAUACAGUACGAUGGUGUCAAGAAGGUUCUCUUCCUGACCGGCCUCUCCAUGACCCUGGGAGAGAACUACCUGGUGCAGUGGGAACUGGAAUCAGUGGAGAACCCGCGGUUUGACUGCUAUCCAGAGGAGCAUGCAGAUGAGGCCAAGUGCAAGAACAGAGGCUGCAUCUGGGCGCCAAGCAGCAUCGAAGGUGCCCCAUGGUGCUUCUAUCCAAAAGACUAUGGUUACACUGUUGACACAGUGGAAGAAACCAACUCGGGCAUGACAUUUGACAUCACUCGCAACAAGAAGUACGGGAGCAGCGGUCGCCCCCAGUCACCAGACGUAGACACUCUCCGUGUUGAGAUCCGUUACCACAGCAGUGACAUGCUGCAGUUCAAGAUCUGGGACCCAGCCACGGAUCGUUAUGAGGUUCCAGUGCCGCUGUCGGUUCCUGCUGCUCCUGAGACUGAUGAGAGCAAGAGGCUUUACAAAGUCAUUAUAACUGACAACCCAUUCGGCAUCCAGGUCAUAAGGAAAACUACUGGGACCAAGAUCUGGGACUCUGGUCCAGGUUUUAUUUUCUCAGACAUGUUCAUCCAAAUAUCUACUCAACUGUCAUCUGAGUUCAUCUACGGCUUUGGAGAGACAGAGCAUCCCACCUAUAAGCAUGACCUCAACUAUCAAACCUGGGGCAUGUUCUCCAAGGACCAGCCUCCUGGUAACAAGAUGAACUGCUAUGGAGUGCAUCCUUUCUACAUGGGCCUGGAGACCACCGCCCAUGCUCAUGGUGUACUGCUGCUGAACAGCAAUGCCAUGGCUGUAACCUACAAGGAGCUGAUGUCAGCCAUAAAGAAUCCUGCAUCAUUAAGUGGAGUGAAAGAGGAAAUACUUGUAAUAAAACACAAUGAGUCCAACUUGAGUUUUAUCUGGCAUGUCCUGCAGGAUGUGCAGUACGCAGACAUUGACUACAUGGAUCGUCAGCUCAACUUUGUCCUGGACCCAGAGUUUAAAAACCUGCCUGCCCUGGUUGACAGCAUGAGAGGAGAAGGCAUGAGGUUCAUCUUCAUUCUGGAUCCAGCCAUUUCAGGCAACGAGACACAUUAUCCUGCCUUUGACAGAGGUAACAAAGCGGAUGUCUUCAUAAAAUGGCCCAAAAACAUCAGUGAUGAAAUCGUGUGGGGGAAGGUCUGGCCAGAUUACCCUAAUGUCACUGUUAAUGAAUCUCUGGACUGGGAUACACAAGUAGAGCGCUACAGGUCAUACACAGCAUUCCCCGACUUCUUCCGCAACACAACGGCAACAUGGUGGCAUCAAGAAAUCAAGGAUUUCUAUGAGGGCACUAUGAAGUUUGAUGGCCUCUGGAUUGACAUGAAUGAACCUGCCAGUUUUGUCCAUGGCACAGUUGGAGGGAAGUGUCUCGGUAAUCCACUUCUAGAGAACCCUCCGUAUAUGCCACCAUUGGAGUCUAAACACCUUGGCUUGAACCAUAAGACUCUGUGCAUGAACAGCGAGCAGAUUCUCAGCGAUGGGAAGAAAGUCAGACACUACGAUGUCCACAGCCUCUAUGGCUGGUCCCACACCAAGCCUACCUAUGAUGCCCUGCUGAAUGUUACAGGCAAAAGAGGCAUAGUGGUGACGAGGUCCACUUACCCCUCCAGUGGAAAAUGGGCUGGACAUUGGCUGGGAGACAACUCUGCCAGUUGGGACCAGCUUUACAAAUCCAUUAUAGGCAUGAUGGAGUUCAGUCUGUUUGGCAUUCCUUAUACUGGGGCAGACAUAUGUGGCUUCUUUAAUGCAGCUGAGUAUGAAAUGUGUCUCCGCUGGAUGCAGCUGGGGGCCUUCUAUCCAUAUUCACGCAACCACAAUGGCAAAGGAAACUCGAGACAAGACCCUGUUGCCUGGAACUCCACCUUUGCGGAGGCUUCCCGGGACGUCCUAAACAUCCGUUACACCCUCCUGCCCUACCUGUACACACUGAUGUUCGAGGCUCAUACCAAAGGAAGUACAGUAAUCAGACCUCUCCUGCAUGAGUUUGUGAAUGAUAGAGCUACAUGGGACAUCCACAGGCAGUUCCUCUGGGGACCUGCUCUGCUGAUCACCCCUGUACUCGACCAGGGAGCCAGGAGCGUGGACGGCUAUGUUCCCGAUGCACGCUGGUAUGACUUCCACUCGGCUCAAAAUGUUGGAGAGCGCGGCAAGAUGGUUGCUAUGCCCACGCCCAUGGACCACAUCAACCUUCAUAUCAGAGGAGGCUUUGUGGUGCCCUGGCAGAAACCAGAGAACAACACAUUUUACUGCCGGAAGAAUCCUCUAGGACUGAUAGUUGCCCUGAGUGACAACAGAACUGCUCAGGGAUCGUUCUUCUGGGAUGAUGGAGAAGGAAUAGACACGGUUGAGAGAGGACAAUAUCUGCUGACCUCCUUCGCAGCAGAACCGAACAAGUUGACGAGUCAGGUCAACCACAAUAACCUGACCCCAGCUGACCAGUUGAUCCUGGGCGUGGUGAAGGUUUGGGGCGCGGGCAGCGUCAAGGUCACAUCAGCGACCUUAACGGAUGCAAGCGGAACACAGCAUCAGCUGACCCCUCAGCACAACCUCGACACUCAGGAGCUGAUUAUAGAUGUUACUUCAAAGGCCAUUCCUGUGGAUCAACCUUUUACCAUGACGUGGUCGACCAGCAUCUGAUCAGAGAACAGUCCCUGUGUUUCACUGGGACAAUAUUAAUGUGUCUGUGAAUAGUGUUAUUUUGUCGUAAAUUAUAAUGUAAAGAAAUGCAAUGUCUCUAGAAUGUGUAUUAUCCUGAAUGGGCUCCUUGAUUCAAUGAUGAAACUGUAGUUUUUUUCUUCUUUUUUACAUAACUGUGUCUUUGAACCUUAAAUAACAUCACACUGGAUUGAGCAAAGGUACAUAACAUAUUUUAAAUUGAUCAAACCUGUACAUUGUUAGAGCAAAAUGAAUA